AGGUCAACGGCAUCCUGGGUCUUUUGUGCAGGGAGCACUUCCCAGGCCUGGUCCACUAUCAAGGACGGUACGAGCCGGCCUGGACGUGGGACCACUACAUCGCCGCCAACAACGAUCAGUUGGAUCGGAGCGGCAGAGCCUUUGAGAACAAGGCGGAGCGGGUAAAGGGCGAGCUCUGGGAUUUUUACAGGUGUGAUGAGGGAUAUGAGGAGCGGGCGGCGAUUGUGGCUCACAAUCGAUGCGUUAAACUCGUGAAGGACAUGCAUUAUGAGGCGCAAGUCCAGUGCGUCAUCAACUAUUGUGCACAUUUCCUAAAGCAGAAGAUCGGGAAGUCUGAGGCGAGGGAUUUGAAGCUGACUCGAGAGCAAUAUUUACAGGUUCCUGCGUGGUGGUGUCGUAAUGACACCGUGUGCUGGGAGCGCAUAGUGGACAAGUGGUUCGACCCCGAGUGGCAGGCUUUGCACGACGCUGGCCGGCAGCGGCGAUUGCUGAUGCCAGGUCUAGCGCACCAUCAAGGCAGCCUCAACAACGACGAGUACAGGGCUAGAUGGGUACACACUACAUAG